AUUAAUGAAUAAUGUGCUCUAUGGAAUGGGUAUGGUUUUUGAUUCUCUUUCCAAAAAAGAUUUCCAGCUUUUGUCAUUAUCUUUUCAUCUAUACCUCUCCUUUUUAUAGGCACAAAGUUCAGCUAGUUUACAAGUUUACACACAACUAUACUAUUUUUCAUUGAUUUAUUGUAUAUUCAUAUAUUCUCCCACUUUUUUUUGAUAUAAAUAGGCCAUCAUACUUGGGUUUUUUUUCAUUGUAUUUUCCUUCACUUCUAUUACACAUAGGGUGUUUUACUAGUACACUUUGUUGCAACUUCAAUAUGAGCUACUCAAAUUACUCAACUGGGUCUGGUGCUAGAGGCGCAAGGAGAACUUUCGAGUUUGGGAGGACACAUGUAGUUAGGCCUAGAGGGAGGCAUCUUGCUACAAUUGUUUGGCUACAUGGACUUGGUGAUAAUGGAGCAAGUGCUUGUCAGCUCUUGGAAUCUCUUCCUCUUCCAAAUGUUAAAUUUAUAUGCCCAACAGCUCCAACUCGCCCUGUGGCAUUACUUGGUGGAUUUACAUGCACAGCAUGGUUUGAUGUAACGGAGAUUUCAGAGGAUAGCCAAGACGAUCUUGAGGGAUUGGAUGCCUCGGCGUCACAUAUUGCAAAUCUACUGUCAACAGAGCCUGCUGAUGUUAAACUUGGUAUUGGAGGAUUUAGUAUGGGUGCUGCUGUUGGUCUCUACUCAGCAUCCUGCUUCGCUGUGGGGAAUUACGCGAAUGGAAACUUCUAUCCAAUCAAUUUGAGGGCAAUAGUUGGACUUAGUGGUUGGCUUCCAGGUGCAAGGAGUUUGAGGAACAAAAUGGGAGGUUCAAAUGAUGCUGCAAGGAGGGCCGCGUACUUGCCAAUUUUCCUCUGUCAUGGAAAAUCUGAUGAAGUAGUUGCAUACAGAUUCGGUGAGAAGUCUGCUCAAGCCUUGACUUCAGCUGGAUUUCGAAAUCUCACAUUUAAAACCUUUGAUGGGCUUGGUCAUUAUACUAUACCUAUGGAGAUGGAUGAAGUAUGCAACUUCUUGGUAUCGAGGUUGGGGCUCGAAUCCUUCCGCUGAAGACUCUACCAUAACUUCGAAACUUUGUUCAGUACAUGCUUCAUAACAUUCAUGAGGAAGGACUUCUGAGUUCUGUUCUGACCUGUAAACAAAAAACAGUGGGAUGGUUGAUUGAAGAAUAUAGCUUGAGGCAGUUGAGGGCAUACAGUAUAGUUUGGUUUGCAGAUAUUCUAUGAUACGUUUUCGGCUAUAAGCCUGUUAUCCAAUAAGAUUAUGUAAUUUUUUUUGAAAUUUCAUUUGGUUUUUUACGUAAGUUUUUUUUUUGGGGGAUUGGUUUCUAGGCUUGUAGCUAAUGAGAUUGGUUGUUCUACUAUAUGAUUAUUAGAAUAUUUAUAUUUACUUUAUUAAAAGCGAAUUCUAGUGUAUUGCGGCUUCUCUUCAUGUAUGCAUAUUACAGAGUAUUCUCUUGUACCAUAGCUACAAAGAUAUAAAGUAAUUUUACAUACUCCAUUUCCUCAAA